AUUCCUUCAUUUUUCUGGAAUCUGGAAAGUGGGGCAAUCAGAAUUCUGGAUUUGGUGAAUUUGGUGUCAUGUCACGUCUGAUCGGUUUGUUUUGAUAUGGAUUUUAGAUAUAUCCACGAAAUGAAGAAGAAAGCAAUUUAUCAAUUUUCACGGGUCCCUAAGCGUGUCUCGUAUGGAUUUACCACUUCCCAAUCAUACAAAUUGUGUUAAAAAUUUAAUAUGAAGGAGCUUGCAAUGCAUAUUAGCUGAAAAUCAACAGGGUUCAAAAUGAAAAUAAAUGCUAGGAGGAUGAGCACUCCAAUUGAAGAAAAACUGGACCAAAAAUUGAAAGUAAGAAUGGGCAUGGUCUCGGUUAGUGAUGGUAAGAGCCGACCAAUACCAUUAAGAUUGCAUUUGUCCAUGGAAAUUCUUAAACUUCAAAAAGAAGAACCACUACCAGCAGAUCAUAAACCUUUAAGUUCAAAGGAAAGAAUGGUACAAAUUCGACGGGACAAGGUAGGUGGUUUGGGUCUUAGCAUUAAAGGAGGAGCAGAGCAUAAGUUGCCAAUACUGAUUUCAAAAAUUUAUAAAAACCAAGCUGCUGACAGGACAGGAGAUCUUUUCGUAGGUGAUGCGAUCAUAAAAGUAAACGGUGAAUAUAUCACUGCUUGCCCUCAUGACGAUGCUGUCAAUAUUUUGAGAAAUGCCGGGGAUCUUGUUGUACUUACUGUAAAACAUUAUAAAGCUGCAACCCCUUUUCUCCAGAAGCAAGAAGACAAAUAUUCUCAACAGACUGAUAGCAAUAGUGAAAAGGAAGCUUCAGAUGAGAGCUUUCGGAUAACUUCAAAUAGCACUAGUAGUAGGCCCAGCUCUAUUUGUUCUGAGAUGGACCAAGAGCCAAUUCAAACUCACUGGGUUGAUUUUAUUACAGUACCUUUAAUGAUGGCAUAUGUGACUCGAUAUAUUUUUGGUACUGACAAGUUAAGGCCAAACUCAUUUGAAGUUAGAGGCCUUAACGGGGUUAGUACAGGAAUAAUACAUUGUGAUGAUUCUGCCAUACUUUCUCAAUGGCUUAAGUAUAUAAAUGGGAACAUAAUUGGCUUGACUAAUUUGCAAAUGAAGUUAUACAAUAGAAACUUUCCAGUAUCAGAAAGAAUAGAAUAUAUGGGUUGGGUUAAUGAAUGUGUAUUAAGCAAUAAUCAACCUUGGCAAAAUUAUAAGCUUCGUUUUUUGGCAUUAAAAGCGACUGAUCUUUUAUUGUUUGAUGUUCCACCGUUAAACUUAACAGACUGGAACAAUUGUGAUUUGACAUUCAAAGUGUAUCAAACGAUGUUCAGGAUAGUGAAAGACUCUGAAAAUGUUGAUGAACGACAACAUUGUUUUCUUGUGCAAACUUCUGGUCAAGAAUCCAGAUAUUUCUCUGUUGAAACUCGUCAAGAAUUGUUACGUAUAGAAAAUGCUUGGCAUUCUGCUGUUUGCAAUGCUGUUAUGAAAUUAGGUAGCAAAACUUUUACUGUAAAUUAUAAUGGGAAAACUGCUGCUAUAACAUUAGAUUGGAACAUUGGAUUUUCCUUAUUUGAAGGAGACUCUAAAACAAUAAUUUGGCAGUAUAAAUUUUCCCAACUUAGAGGAUCUUCCGACGAUGGAAAGUCCAAACUAAAAUUACAUUUCCAAGAUAUAGAAACUAAGGCAAUAGAGACCAAAGAAUUAGAAUGCUCAAUUCUCCAAAGUCUUCUCUACUGCAUGCACUCAUUUUUGACUGCAAAAGUGGCUUCUGUGGAUCCAGGAUUUCUUUGUUCAACUGAGCCUUAGGAUAAUUGUUAGCUUCAGGUUUUUAAAUUGUUAAUAUUGUCUAAUAUUACGCUUAUAGCAGUGUAAGUUGGUACUGAAUUUGAAACUGAAACCAAUAUAAAUGUUUUUUCUUGUUAUAUGAUUGAAAUCGUAAAUAUAUACUCUUGUUUCCAUAUAUAUUAAAAAAGAACAGUAGCUUUUAGAGUCCGUGUGAUUCCAUAGAUUUAAGGGUUUUCUUUGAUAUAAUGCAAUAGAUUAUUGAUUUAAAAGACAAUUAUUAAACCCAUUGGAUGUUUGUGUAGAUUUAA